AUGGGAUUUCAAGGAGAUAAUGACGAUAUCUUUUUGCCCAAAAGGAUCGCUUCUCAUAUCAUUGGUUAUUUGCACAUGUGGGAUGAAAUGCUUAAUGCAUUCAAGAUUCCACUAGUAUUUCUCGCAUGUUUCGUAUCUCUUUUCAUUAUAAAAGACCACAAAUCACCAACUUUAUUUCAACGGUUAGUUGCCGUCAUCAUAAGGACCAUCACAACUUAUCUUCCAACUUGGCUAUUAAGGAUCGUGGUUAAUUCCGCUGCAACUUUUGAACAGGUUGUUUAUGGUCUCUAUCAGGAAAAACAACAAAAACGUUGGGUAAAGAAAUUGGAAACGACGAACGGACAAGAUGGAUGGGAGGGUUACCUAAUCGCCGAUGAUGUUGAAAAUUCUGAAAUUGGAAAAGACGCUGAUUUGGUUAUCUUAUACGCUCAUGGCGGGGGCUAUGUUUGCGGUGGCGCUUUGACAACUUUGGUUACAUUUGUCGACUGGAUUAAGGGGUGGAAGAUAAGUCAUGGUGUCAAUACGCACAUCUUGUCUCUAGAAUACGGAUUAUCGCCCGAGAAUUCGAUCCCGGUUGCCAGGGAAAGUAUGUUGUCAUGCUAUCAAUGGCUUGUCGACGUGAAAGGAAUUAGUCCAUCUAAAAUCAUUUUUGCUGGUGAUAGUGCGGGUGGAAAUUUGGCUCUAGUAAGUGUCUUACAACUUAUUAACCAAUCAUACAGUUAUUCGAUUGAAAAACCGCCUUCCGCUCUUCUCCUUAUAUCUCCGUUCUUAUCCGCCGUAACAAAUACGAAAUCAUACCGUAACAAUGCUUCUUACGAUACAAUAGAUACGACCUGGUUACAUAGUUGCGUAGAUGCAUAUUUAGGUGACUCAAAUCUACUUCCAACUUGUCCAAUGAUUUCACCUCUAUUUGAAAAUCAACUUUCAGAAUUGCCCAGAGUGUGGGCUUGCGUUGGUGGUUAUGAAGUCUUCUUAGACGAUAUUACAUUAUUUGUAGAAAAAUUAAUGGUGAAAGAAGUGAAGGUUGAAUACGUUAUAGAGGAUACCAAUUUCCAUGAUUAUGCAAUGUCCAAAUUAUUAAGUAGAGAUCGCGCUUAUGAGAAUACCAUCAAGAGUAUGGGCAAAUUCUUGUUUGGUGAAAGUAAUAUCAAGAAAUCGAUAUCCAAAGAAUAA